CUCCGCCGGUACAUUUACUGGAUUUAAUUGAUGAAUAUACACACCGAAUAACUUAAGUCGAAAAUUGAGAAACACGACCCAACUCGACUGAUUGAGACCAACCUUUCCACCAUAAAUUAUUAUUGUUGUUGUUGCACCGCCGAGUAUUAAUCGUGUGCGUCACCUCAACCUUCCGCCAUAAAUAUCCCCUCAUCCUCAUCCCCAAAUGAAACCCAACAAAAGAAAAUCCCAUCCGCACCAUGGCCGCCGACGAGACCACACCUCCGACGUCGUCCGGCGGGAUCCUCACGACGCGGUAUCUGAUAGAUCACUGCUUCGAUCUAGACGAAGCCUUGUGCCUCCCCGCCGACAUCCCCCGACAGGUCGCCGAAUCCGACUCCUUGGUCGACAGCCUGCCGGCGGCUGUCGUCGUCGUCGUUCCGUCCGACGGUUAUUAUCCGUGUCCUAUUUGCCGGGAAGGAAUAUUCCAGUCCCAGGAGAACACCGGUAAGAGAGUGCCGUGCGGCCACGUGUAUCAUGCGGCUUGCAUCUCCUCCUGGCUUUCUAACUCCGGCGACGGCUCGUGCCCUCUCUGCCGCGCCAGCAUCUCCGCCGGACGUGACCAGAAAUGAGUCGGCGGGCGCGCGGCCGACCGAACGACUUUAUAGAAAAUGGGCCCCACCUGGAUGCUGACCCGUUAAUAAUAAUAAUACAGGUUAUGAAGUCUCAUCUUAAUUAGUUGAAUAGGCCUAGCUAAUUAAAUGUGUGAUUUGUUGUUUUCACUAAUGUAAUUUUUUUUCUUAAUUAGUUAUUUUGAAAACAUGUUAUCUUCAAUCAUAACAACUUGAUCUAGUAAUAAUAUCUUGGAUCUUUGACAUAAUAAUUUUUGAUGGACAUUUUUUUUUUGCACGGAUUUGAAUGUAGGCAUUAUAUAUUUGCAUCACCGCAGAUUUGGAAUACAGGUAAAAUUUAUGACUUUGCUACGGAUCUGAACACCGAUGAGGGUGCACCAGUCUAAAACGCACCAAUCUAACUAUGGAACAUGCAUAUGUUUUCAUUGUCAGCCAACCUAAGAACAUAACCAGCUAGUAGUAACUUAGAGGCUAGCUCUUAGACUCAAUAUGUGGUCUAAUUUUUUGGUUAGCGAUAUAAAACCCUUUUGGUUCGUCAUGUACGUAAUGUAAUGACCAAUCUGUUAUAUAUAUAAACCAAAACGUGGAUUUCCUAAUUGCCUGUAAUUGUCAUGUCAUUAUAACACAGGCCACGAUUAUGCGGCGCCAAACAAAAGCACGUUUUCUUUUAUUGGAUAAUCUAUAACGCAGAAACGCAAUCAUUUGGAAAAGCACAGACACCGGCGAUCUCCAAGCGAAAGCAUAUUUCCUUUUCAUGCGGUUAUAACUUAUAAGCCAGGCCUAACAUUUUUUUGCAUGCAUUCUGCAAGUUAUCAGGAAUGUCCCACCUUUUAUAAUUUGAUAAGAGUAAGGAAGUGGCUAACAUCGAUUCAUGGAUCUCUUCCCACGAUCAGAUUUAUUGAGAUCAGACGGUUUAUAAUAUGAUGCUAGAGCUGCUGGUUUGAUCGUGAUGCCAUGUGUAUAAGUCAUCAUGACUCAUAGUAUCAACAGUUCAUUUAAAGCACAUGGUAUGACGAAUUUGACCAAACUUCACGCCCAUAUGUUGAUUUUCAUUCGAGGGGCGUGUGAUUAAGGAAGCGAUUAAAAUCCGCACAUGAACCUCUCCCAACAACUCGUGUUAUUCGGAGUCGUGACGAAACAGUCUAUGAUAAUAAGUAUGGUUUGGUUGUGGUGUAUUUGUAAAACUGAUGUUAUUUAUAUACCACAUAUUUAAAGUGAGAAGGAUACGUUGGGAAUCAAAAUAUAUUGUACCUCCAAAUAUUUGAGAUUCCAUACGUUUGAUGCAAUUUAGUUAGCACGUGUCGUUGUAAUUGCACUUAAAUACAUCAAACGUGUCCAAGAGAAACGAAAUAUUUAUUCAAUUGCAUGCAAUUGCGAAGUUUACCCACCCAAUCACAUGCUUCCGAUGAAACCCAUUCGAUUUGAAGAUUUCACAGUCUCAUCGUAUAUGUGUGCGCAUCAAUUGAACAUGACUUAUGAAGCCUAUAUAAGAUUCAAAUUGUAAUCUUUCAACCAAAAAUCUUAUAUAACAACGUCAAAAACCAAUUAAUCUCAAUAAUUCAACUAUUCGAAUAAUGCACAACAUUAUUUUACGUUUAGGUCCAAAAUUUCCUAAACUAGUAAUUGAGAAUCAAAAGUUACAACUUUAGCCACAUCCACUUUAGGCUUUAUAUUAUUGUAGCUUGGAGGUAACCUUCUAUUUGGCUUAUUGCUGCUUAGCUUGUCGUGUUUGCAUGGAUGGAGCUAAACUUCUUUUUUGGGUGCUUUUUUCAACUCCUAAUUGCAAGCACGAAUCACCGCCACUUGGGGUAGUAACCCAAAAUGAGAGUCACAAUGGUACAAUUUGUCACAACAUUGUAUCAAAAUAUGCAACUAUCGUAAAAAAAAAAAAAAUUGACAAUAUUGUGACAAAAAAUAUCUUGAUUUUGA